UACCACUCAUUGUUCCGCACCUAUAUGCUUCGUUAUGCAUCGUUGUGCGUCGGUAUGCUGGAGCUAACCGGAGAAAGAGCAGGCAGGCGAUCACGAGCAGUCAACCACUCCCAUCAAGUCGGCGAAAGCCAAAGCCGCAUUCACAGCCUCCUCCACCACAUAUACAUCAACCGAGGUUAGACCCAUCCUAGAAGGCAGAUCCCUCUCUCCUUUGAUCCCACUAUACUAAUAUCUUAUCCGAACUUUAGACGAAAUGGCCGAAGUUCCGAGCCCAGUCUCUCGUCCAACCUCCGCGUCGGUAUCCGUCGCAGGUGGAUCCGCCGAUGUCGUGGUCCCAGCACCGGGCGAGGUCGACCCCGUCGCUGUGAACAGUGCUGCCCCCGCCGCGACCACCACUUCCGCCUCCGCCGCCGCCGCUGCGACUCCCAGCACGACCGUCGCCGCACCUGGGUCAAUCAGGCCCUGGACGGACUCGUUACUGCAGGGGCGGAUGCAGCUAACGAGUUACGUCGUGAAGUGCAAGAACAGGGCCCGCGGCCAGGACGUCUUGGACGAGGCCCUGGCCAGCUACGGGGAGGCCGUCCGGGCCUUCCUGUGGCACUUGGAGUUCGUGGAAGGGCCGACUCCCGAGCUGAGGAGGGACCCGCUGAACCUCCACCUGGUUCUCCAGGUGGUGGCCAGCGAGGCGCACCGGGCAUACGUGCCCGAGGAUAUACGCCGGUGGGCGGGGGCGAUCCUCGCCCGCUUCGACGGCGCCAACUGGGGUGCCAACAGCGCCGCUCCCGGUCCUGCCGCCACACCCGCACCAGCACCCGCACCAGCACCCGUCGCCGCUCCCGCUCCCGCACGCCCCGCCGGCAGAUCCCGCCUUCCUCCCCCCAACCAUCCGAUCUGGGGCGUCAACGGCAUCAUGCACGGCAUGAUGCGGUCCCCCGCGGCCCGCUACACGUGGGACCCGCGGUACAGGCACCAGAGGCGGGACUGCCGCGUCUUCGGCCACAACGGCCUGGCCCCAGGCGCCUGGUGGCCACUGCAGGCCCUGGCCUGUUUUCACGGUGCCCACGGGCACAUGGUCAAGGGGAUCGUGGGCGACCCCACCCGGGGCGCCUACAGCAUUGUGGUGUCGGGUAGGUCGUCGACCUACCACGACCUGGAUGUGGACUACGGGGACCACAUCUGGUACUCCGCCGACCGCCCCAACAACGCACCCACGACCUCCCCCACCACCCCCUCCUCCUCCUCCUCCACGGCGGCGGUUGUGGGCAGUCAGAACGGGACCGAGAGCGCCGACACGCGCUCGCUGCGGCAGGCCAUCGUGACAGGCCGGCCCGUGCGCGUGCUCCGGAGUGCCGGGCGGGGUGAUGACCGCCAGUGGGCGCCCGAGGUGGGGAUCCGGUACGACGGGUUAUACACCGUCGUACGAGCGAUCAAGAAGACGAAUGACAACGGAGGAACUUACUGCAAGUUCCUCCUGCGUCGUGUGCCUGGCCAGGGUGACCUGGCGCAGCUUUGUGCGCGGUCGCCAUCAAGACGGCAGGUUAGAGAUGAGGGCCGGAUUCGGAAUUGGUACUGAGCAGUGAGCGGUGGGGUGAGAGGAGGGAUUAUGGGAGGGGGGGUUGAUGGUUGUUUGUGUUGUUCCUUUGUUCCUUUCUUUUUUCUUUUCUUUCUUUGCUUUCAUUUAAUUUAUAAUUCUCUUUGCGACAUUGGGAGUGGCUUUCAAGCUUCCCAUCCAAUGAUCCAAGUUCCGGCGUACUGAAUUCAAAAUUGUGAGGUUCUGUGAUUUUUGAGGAGGAGAAUAUACCAAUAUUCUGCUCACUAUGCCGGACCCUGAUAAAUACCCCCCGAAGUGAAUGCCUUGGGUUCAAUCCCAAGGCUAUGACCUUCCAUCCCAGCCGUGACGGCACCGCGGUGCUGCAUUGGAUAAUGACAAUUCCAACCCAGCACUCGCAGCUCCAGCACCUCUGCCGGACCCUAGGUGAACUAACAACUGC